UGCAUCCUUCUUCCAGUUUCUUUGCAAGCAAGCCCUGCUGCAUCGUAUCACCUUGAUCACCUUACCACCUUGCACAUUUCAGUGCUUCGAUCCACGACCAACAAUGCCUCCCAAGAGAGCUGCCGCUGCGGCGAGCGAGGCCGCUCCGGCCGCGAAGAGAGCCAAAACUGCAUCUACGUCUAAGAAGACGGCCGUCAAGGCCAAGGCUGACGCGCCAAAGAAGGCUGCCCCGGCCAAGAAGAAGGAGACCGCGACGAAGACGGUGGCCGCGAAGAAAGCCGUCGCUCCCAAGAAAGCCGCUGCGCCCGCGCGCAAGAAGACGCCCAAGCCCUCCGAGGGGUCCGACAAGGAGAACGCGGACGCGGCCCCGGCCCCAAAGGUCAAUGGCGUGAAGCGCAAGCGCGACGAGAAUGAAGAGCAGCCGGACGAGGUCGUCGCGGGCGACGCCCAAGUCAAUGGCGAGCGCAGUACCAAGCGCGCAGAGAAGGAGGAAGCCGAAGCCGCUCCUGUCAAGAAGAGAAAGGUCGCCGCCCCUAAGCCGGCGCCGAAGCGCGUCGUGCGCGAGCUCAAGGCGAUCAACGAGCCUCCGACCCAGGUCAUGGACAUCUUCGUCUUUGGCGAGGGCACUGCCGGCGAGCUUGGUCUGGGCAGCGUCCGCGUGGACGGCAAGAAGCCCAUCGACGUCAAGCGCCCGCGCAUCAACCACAAUCUCAAGGGUGUCGUGCAGGUCGCCUGCGGCGGCAUGCACGUUGCCGCGCUGACCAAGGACAACAAGAUCCUGACGUGGGGCGUCAACGACCAGGGCGCGCUCGGCCGCGACACCACCUGGGAAGGCGGCUUGAGAGACGUCGACGAUGAGGAUGAAGACUCCGAUGACGAAGAUACCGGCAUGAACCCCAAGGAGAGCACGCCUGGAGAGAUUGACACAUCCGACAUCCCCGAGGGCACCAAGUGGGUGCAGCUCGUCGCCAGCGACAGUGCGACUUUCGCCUUGACCACGACCGGUCAGGUUUACGGAUGGGGCACAUUUAGAAGCAACGAGGGAAUUCUCGGAUUUAACAAGCACGUCAUGGUUCAGCGCACGCCCACUCACGUGCCCGAGCUCUCCAGAAUUAAGCAGCUCGCCGCCGGCCUGAACCACAUACUCGCUCUCGAUGACAAGAACAAGAUUUACGCCUGGGGCGCCGGCCAGCAAGCGCAGCUCGCGCGCAGACUGCUCGAGCGCGACGACCUCGCCGCACUCUACCCCACGGGCAUCGGCGCGCUGCCGGGCCGCGCCAAGGCCGAGAAGAUCGCCUGCGGCUCGUACCACAGCUUCGUGAUCGACAACAAAGCCCGCGUCAUCGGCUGGGGCCUGAACAACUACGCGGAGCUCGGCGUCGAGGACGAGGCCGGCCAGGACGGCGGCUUCGUCAUGCGCCCGCAGCUGAUCAAGUCGCUGGCGGGGUACGAGAUCGCCGACAUCGCGGGCGGCGAGCACCACUCGCUGGCCUGCACCAAGGACGGGCAGCUGAUCACGUGGGGCCGCAUCGACGGCCACCAGGUGGGCCAGCCGUCCGCCUCCUUCUCGGAGGACAACACGAUCUGGGACGAGCGCCAGAAGCCGCGCAUCCUGCUGGUGCCCACCGUCGUGCCCGACAUCGGCGGCGUCGUGCGCGUCGCCGCCGGAACCGACCACAGCUUCGCCAUCACCGCCGACGGCAAGGUCUACUCCUGGGGCUUCUCCGCCAACUACCAGACCGGCCAGGGCACCACCGACGACAUCGAGUCGCCCACCCUGAUCGACAACUCGGCCAUCCGCGACAGGAAGAUUGUUUUCGCCGGCGCCGGCGGGCAGUACGGCAUCCUCGGGGCGCUGCCGCUCGAGAAUUGAGGUUUGAGAGAUUGCCGGGGGGGGUAAGUGUUGUGAGCCUGUGUUGUGUGCGCAAGAGGGGCAAUGCGUACGUGGAGAGACGACACAGAUCCUGCAGUGCCGGCUGGCUGUUUCCGCCGGACGCUUGAAGACGAAGGAGGGGAUCAGUCUGGAGGGG